UUUAAAAUGAAACCCACUAUACCCUUCUAUUUUUGUCUCUUUUAGCAUAACUGACUUUUAAGGCAAACUAACCGCAUCUUUUCCUCCAAGUGCUCAUCAUCAACAUUUUGUCAGGUUUCCCAUAAAAUCUCUAGAACACAAUUCCACUGUUGAUCUCGCAAUCCCAUAAACCUAAAUCAGCACUAUUGCAAUUGUAUAUAUGUGUUGGGCUGGGGAUUAUGGGAUUGUUUAAGAGACUCGCGGGGUUGCUAGGGUUUGCACGAGAUGAAGAACAACUGCAGCAUGACGAUGCAGCUUCGGACGCCACCAUCCCGUCGUCAUCGACGCCGGGGACGGCUCCUCCGGCCGCAUUCGCUUCAGCUCAGCAUCUGCCUCGCAGAGGCUUCAGUGUCCCCGUCCAAGUCCCCGUCGAGCGGGCCCCACCUCCUCCGCUACUCGUGUUCUGCCCUGCCGGGGACGGCGGAAUUCAGGGUUUGAGAUGGUAUGCAAGGCGCCUUAGGAUGGAUGAAGAUGGUGAUAUUGCUGAUGAGUUCCUUGAUGAGGUCCCACCCGAUAUGUCUACGGAUAUGGAAGAGCAUGAUAAACAGUUGCCACGGUUUGAAGUGAAGUACAGAACCAGGCCCGCUAAAGUGAAAAACCUCGAUCUUUUACCCAAUGGUAGAAUCUUACACCUCGUGGAGUAUCAAGGCAAGCUGGAAUGGGUUUAAGUGUCAUUUACGGCCACUGUAUCAUGAUGUGUUUAGGGGAAUUAUGGAGCUGAUUGGUUGUUCUCAUUCUAUCUAAUUCAGUAUUUCUCGUGUGGUUACAGUUAAUUCAGUUUCUGAGCAGAAAAAGAUGGUGAAGAUGAAAUACAGCGUUGCUUACCUGUGCAUGCACUGUGUAUUACUUGAUGAAAAGCUUUGGCACGACCAUGGAAAACUCAAUGUCUAUCAACAGCUUGGCAUAACUCUUGGCCUCGUUAUUCCAGUCCCCAAUGUCUGGAUCAUUUGUCCUAGCUACGGCCUUUAUGCAUCCAUUUAUAUAUUCCACAAUCACCUCACCGUCUAAUCCUGCAAUGGUUGACUCUUGAGAAGCAUCCAACAAAACGUUUUUGAUAUAUUCUGCUAUGUUUUCGUAAGAUGCGAGGCAACUAUCGAUGGCUGGGAUCAAAUCGGGUUUUGUCGUGAGGUCCUCAGACAUAUCCAAGAGUUGAUUGAGGGUUCGAUUUACAAACGAUGAGGUCGAGUUUAUGGCAACUUGGAGGAGGGGAUUAAGGUCGUUUGUUUUUGCGUUUGCGGCAUUAGGGUUCUUAAGGACUCUGAGGCAAAACGGUUUGGCGACAUUAAGCCGUUUGUGGAGACAAAAAUUGUUUACGGUUUCGUAAGGGUUGGGGUUUGGAAGGGGAUUGGGGCUUAUGGUUUGGUUGUUUGUCUGCGCUUUUGUGGAUGAAAGAAUGAGGAAGAAGAAAGGAAGGACAAUGGUUAGUGUUAUUAUGUUUCUUGAGGGACUCAUGUUUUUUGUGGGUGGUAAGGGGUAGAGAGAUAUAAAAAAUGCCUCUACAAAUUUUUG